GAUUAUAGAUAUGCAUUUCUUGUUUCAGAUGAAGUAAUCUAGCAAGUUUAUCAAAAUGAUGGCGAAGAAGGUAUCAAAGAACCACUACAUAGCCUCCCCUAGGCUACACCACUCCCCCACCCCCGUUCACAUGCCAAGGAGUGUAGCGUACUCAGAUGGGGAGGAAAGCCAACGAGCGCCCUCCGAAAGAACCCUCUCUGAAUAUACCUCAGUGCCAUAUACAGUUGUAAAUGAAAGAAACGGUAGACGAUAUCACCAUCACCAGAAAAAUGGAAGUUACCACCAUGACAGGUCACCAAGGGCACCUUCUGCGUUGAGUAGAGGAAGUGGUUAUGACACCAAUGGAUCUGACAUCUACGUCACUAGCGGGGCGUAUAAAGUACCUUCCGAAAUCAGCCGUAGCUCCAGAACCCGUGCCCCCAGUCACUACUCGUACCGGAGCGCAGUAGCGCCAUCUGUUGCCAGCACAGCAAGGACGAAAGGUUCCAGGAAAAUGGGCAUGACUGUGGAAGCGAUGGCUGCACCAAACCCUUUCUGUCCAAACAUCAAGGGCAUGUGCUGUCUCAUGCUGUUGCUCAAUCUAGCCAUCAUCUUGGUCACGUUGGGAUUCGUGAUUGUUAUACAAUUCUUUGAGCCGCUCUACGUUUGGAUAUUAGGCAUAAUCUUCCUAAUCUUCGGCUUUAUAACCCUGAUAGGAAGCCUCAUAUACUGCGUAACCAUCUGCAGGGAGUUCAAGAGCCCAUCCGAAGUCAACCCAGACGACCUCUACUGGACACAUCACUGGCAGAAGAACAUCGGUUCGUCAGAGAUACAUUACAAUACCAAGGACAAAUACGCUGACGACAGAUAUAGUGAUAGGUAUUCUGUCAGCAAAAUGUCUGGAAAAAGCGGAAAAUACUCUGACAGGAAUGGAAGAUAUUGAUUGUUAAGAAGCAAUGAUAUAGUUACAGAUGUAAUGGAGUCAAUUGCUCAUCCUAACUGUUUACUAACCGGCUAGAGUAUUAAGAAACUUUUGAAAUGGCUUUUUGGCAGUAAUGCUUAAUUUCAAGCAUCACUAAUGCACUGCAAAUGUCUAUUACAUAAUAUUCUGAAGAUGUAUUACCAAUAUCUCUGCGACUGUUAAGACCAGUAGAUAUAUCUGUAAACAUCACCACAAUAAAGAUAUCCUUCAAGCUAAGUCGAACGGAUGUUUACGAGGCGUAUAUUUUAAAUUUUCUGAGCAAGACGUCAGAAUAUCUUGACUGGAGGACAUACUUCAUCAGAAAUUCUCAACUCCAAGACUAAGUAGAUGUUUACGGCAUUUUUCUACCAUGUUAUUUAAGCGUAUUGGAGCUUUAGGAAAAAAUAUGUUCAAAACAAAGAGAACGUAUACCUACACUUUGUUCAAAAUAUACAAGUGAUGUAAUGAAUAAAAGUAUGAAAUAUAUAUGUAUAGAAUAGCUGAUACUAAUAACCUAAUUUUAUAUCAGGAUAUCAAGAUGUUGUUUUCGCGCUUCCAUCUGCAUAAACGGUAAAGAAAAGCUAUAAAGUGAUAUGCACGUAUUUGAUAUACACUGACUUGUUUUAUCCACGACCGAACGAGAAAGUAGAACUUUAGUGCCCAGUGUCUUUAAAUUGAUCUAUGAUCAUAGACGUAAUAAGCGUUAAGGUCCUUGACAUGUAACAGCAUGAUACUUUGCACUUUGAUUUGUGAUUUGAUGUAAAGUGGCCACAAAUGCCCACUUUACGCCCUAGAUACAUAAAAAACUGUUGCAUAUCAGUGUUCCAAAUUAACUCCGCACAUAUGAACAUAAAAGUACAAAUAUCGUGCAAUUGCAGAUAUCGUAAUAUUAUUAUGUCAAUCUAACCAUUAUCUUUGCUGGGCGAGAUAUGUGUUUAUGUUUCUAUGACAAUUUUCUCAAGUAAAACUGAUUUUCAGACGAUAUUAAUCCAAUCCUAGAAGAUUGCAGUUCAUACGUGUACGUGUUACGAAAUACGCAUUCAAUUUAUUUAUUUAUCCGAUACAUACUAAUGGAAACUUGCAAUACUUAUGUUUCAAUGUAUAUAGUAUUUAUACAUUUUAUAAUAACGAUUUUCGAAUAAAAUGCCAUGGAAAAA